AUGAAUACGCUGUCGACUGAGGAAAUGGAGCGGUUCCAGAAGCUGUCCAAUGAGUUUGAACCGGAAAUUCAGGCGAGUGUCUCGAUCUGGGCCUCUGCAGGCGCCGCCGCUGACACCAUCGCAGGGACCGCUCGUGUCAGCCAAACAAUCAACCAACGCCAUUGCCAUGGAGUAUUCCGGGGCAGAUCCCACCUUUGUCGCGAAAACCAGCCGGUUGCCUUUGGGUAUUUCGAAAGCCUUUUCAAUCUCCACAAUCUCAUCCAUGCGCAGUCCGAGUUGGUCCGCAUCAAGGGUCUCAAUUCGCUUCUUGACCAAGUAGGUCACCAGGAGCAUUUGUACGAGAUCUUUGUAGAUGCAACCGAGAGUGUCUUUGAGCAAGUGUGUGAGGCGAUUCAGGCCGGGGUACGGGACGAUUCGUUCCUGAAGGACCUCUUCAAUGAGGAGUUCAACUCCAGUGCAGUCAUCACGCAUUUCAGGCUUCUUACCAGCGCCUGGAUGAAAUUGAAUCCUCAUCGGUACCAGGCCUUCCUGCCGCUCCCCCUCGAUCAGUACUGCACGACGCGGAUCGAGACCGUCAAAACGGAAAUUGAUGAAGUGGGCCUCCAAGCUCUGGUGGACGGCGUCAUCGAGCCGUCCGGCGUUGCUGUCGAGAUCCUGUACCUGGACCGGAGUCAGGGUGAAGCAGUCACUCCCCAUCUCUUGACCCCGAGUCGGCCUAGCGCUUCGACAAUCCGUUUGCUGUAUCGCCCAGGCCACUACGAUAUUGCGUACCAAGCGGAACCUACCGUAACGAUGGAACCCAUCGUCAAUUAUCAGUACGGCAUGACCACCAACUACUCGCCCUGGGACCAAGGCGCCCUCUCGUUUGAUGUGAACUCGAGUCUCAUGUCCAUUCCCAACCUGAUGAUGGACCCCUCCUUUGCACUCUCCCCUUCCCCCAUGACUCCCGCCCCGAGCCCGUACCGCGUCUCGCCCCCUCAGGAAGUGUUCCAACCUCCGAUGCACACGCCUCCGCCACCGGUCCCCGUCGCAUCGCCGCCGCCACCCCGCAUGUCAGCCCCGCCCCCGAUGACUUCGUUACCCAACCGGUCCUCAGACGGGCCGCAGAUUCGACUGAAUCCGUUGGUGAUGAAGCAGAACUUGAGCCACUCGCUCCCCGUCACGACUCCAUUCAAGAAUUCGCCGUACAACCAGGCCCAUUUCCAAAACCAGGACUUUGAGCCAAUCCACUGGGAACCCAGUGAUUCCCGCAAAUGA